UAUUCACUAAUAUAUAUAUAUACACCCACCAGAUCCAAAUCUCUCACAUUCUCACAUUUCUUACACAAUAUCAUCAUCUCUAUCUAUCUCAGAUGGGUUUUCCAGUAAAUGGAGAUUCAGCAACCGACAAGCCGUACAAAUUCCUGAUCUAUGGUCGCACCGGCUGGAUUGGCGGUUUCCUGGGCAAGCUUUGCCAAGCUCAAGGCAUCGACUUCGUCUAUGGCUCUGGUCGCCUCGAGAAUCGCUCGUCACUCGAAGCCGACAUCGCGGCCAUCAAGCCAACCCACGUGUUCAACGCCGCCGGCGUCACGGGCCGCCCCAACGUCGACUGGUGCGAGUCACACAAAGUCGAGACCAUUCGAACCAACGUUGCUGGAACACUCACCUUGGCUGACGUGUGCAGAGAUAAGGGUAUUGUCUUGAUCAACUACGCCACUGGAUGUAUCUUUGAGUAUGAUUCGGAUCAUCCACUUGGAUCCGGUAUCGGGUACAAGGAGGAGGACACCCCUAAUUUCAUCGGAUCUUUUUAUUCCAAGACCAAGGCUAUGGUUGAAGAUCUGCUCAAGAAUUAUGAAAAUGUCUGUACCUUGCGUGUUAGAAUGCCUAUCUCAUCUGAUUUAUCCAACCCUCGCAACUUCAUCACAAAGAUAGCUCGAUAUGAGAAGGUAGUUAACAUUCCAAACUCAAUGACGAUCUUAGAUGAACUACUCCCAAUCUCAAUUGAAAUGGCAAAGAGAAAUCUCACUGGAAUCUGGAACUUCACGAACCCCGGAGUGGUCAGCCACAAUGAGAUACUAGAGAUGUACAGGGAAUACAUUGAUCCCAACUUCACAUGGAAGAACUUUACUCUUGAGGAGCAAGCUAAGGUGAUCGUUGCCCCAAGAAGCAACAAUGAGCUUGAUGCCACAAAAUUGAAGCAGGAAUUCCCUGAACUCUUGUCCAUCAAGGAAUCACUCAUUAAGCAUGUAUUUCAACCAAAUAAGAAGACUGAUGGAGCUUAAUACUUUUAGGUUCGAAUUUUUCACUUUCCCUGCUAUUUAUUUUAUUUUGUUUUUGUGGGGUUUGAUAAGAGCUCCCAUCAUAUGAGUUCCCCCUCUUCCCACACAACACUCUUGAUUGCCCUAUUUGUAUUUGAAUGUCAUAUUUGUAUCCAAUUGGUGAUGAAUAAAUUGAUUGGAAGUGAUGUUUUGAGUUCUACA